CAUUUGCGGUAGGAAUAACAACGCCGUAACGAAAACUCACGCCAGCAAGCAAAACAGUUAAAUUACACUUUUCCAAUCAUUUAAAGGAAACGCGCCAGGUUGUGUAAAUUCUUGGCCAACUUGUUUUACUCAUCGGCUUAAAUUACGUGCAAUUCCGAUGGAGAGCGAAGGAUCAACGCCACCCGCAUUCACGCCUGCCGCACUGGGCUUGCAUCCAGUUGGAACCAAAUUUCCCAAAACAACGAACAGCCAGCCCAUACAAGUUCUGAAUGCAAGAGGAAUGCCAGCACGAAUUCGAAAAAAGAAUCGCCUCUUUUUUGACGACGACAUCAUCAACGAUAAAAUUCCGUCGGUCAAGGCAACUCCCAAGAAAACACCAGGAUCAGCAAAGAAAACCCUAAUCAGCAGCAAGACCCCUCGCAGGGAGUUAUCUACUCCGCCCCGCAAAGUGAUUCCGCGAAUGUCUUUGAAAAAGAAAUAUUCUUCGCGGUACGCGCAUCUGAAGCAGAGCGGCCGAAAGAGGAAGAUCGACCCGGAAGAGAAGGCACACAACUCAAUGAAGUUAAUGAACACGAGCGGUUUGGAAAAUCCAAGUUGGUUUCAAAAACUUGGUAACCAGUUUCGAAACUUCCUCCUGCUACCCAAGGCACAUCGGUUCUGCUACUUCGAGUUUUUCUACAGCGACAUUGAUCGUAACCUUUUCAGUGCUCCGAGUGAUUUUGAGCAGCUGGUUCGUACGCAUUAUCCACAGUUGAAAACGAACAAUCUAACGCGCGCGGAAUGGCGUAAAAUUCGCGGAUCAUUCGGUAAACCCCGGCUGUUUUCUCCCGCAUUCAUAAUGGAAGAAAGACUGGAGCUGGCUCGCAAACGCGAGAAAAUAAGAGUGCUGCAAGGGAAUAGCCUCGGAGACAUUUCAUUCAUCGAAGGUUUGCCUAACAGUAUAUCAAAGCAAAUUCCUACUGGCACAAAAGUUACAGCCAAGCUCCGUGAUCCAUAUGAUGGAAUGUACAAUGGUACGGUGGAAGCCUACAUACCGGAGGCUAGAAGCUACAAGAUCUUGUUUGAUCGGUCUGGUUUGGGAUCGCGCUCCAUACCAGACUACGAAGUGUUUUCACUGGAAAACACAGACAAAAUCAAGCUCAACAGUAUCACGAAGGACUAUCGCUUAGCUUACCAAAACGCUUCGUUUUAUCUUGCUUCGCCAACGGCGAAACCGAAAGCCACUGCAGGAGACCCGCUGCUGGGUAGCGAUAUAGGACAUAAGCUAUGCACCAGCGAUAGGAAAGUGUUCUUCCCCAAGGAUAACAUCGGUGGAUAUCCUGUGAAAUAUCUGGAGCUGAUAGUGCGCACCAAAAAGACGCUUUCCGCCAAGCAGAUGAAACUGCUGCGUUUGCAGAACAUUACAUCAGAAGCACAGAUCUACAAAUCAUACGAUAACCCUCUGCCAGAGGAGUUUAAGAAACGCUACGCCAUGCUAAUAGUUGCUAUCGACAAGCUGAACCGUGAUCUUGCGGAUCAAUUGAACCAGCUCCGCGAGUAUGUAGGCAGCUUAACGCACGACCCGGAAAUGCUUGCAAUGAUCACACCGAGUCAUUAUCGCGAGCAAUCUCGUGAAAAGGCGGCCCAGAUAUUUGAGAAGAAUAACAAGGGACACGUUAAGAACGAGCAUAUUGCCAAUCUAAUUAAACAGCUUACCACCAUCAUGUAUCUCGCAUCGAAUGUCAGUAAAAACGAUAAAGAUGAGCUCAGUAUCACCGCAUUAAAGGGCGCGAUUGUGGAAACUAGGGAAACGUUGGAUUCGGGAAAUGUGGCCGCAUUCAAUCGUAAUGUAGCCAGCCACAUGAGCUACAUAGAUGCUCAACCUGGUCCGUCGAAAAUGGUAAAAACUGAAUAAUUUUUCUUCGCGAUAACCUUAAGAGAAAGGAUUAACAUUAAAUGGGAUUUUGUACAUAAGAUGGCAGGAGAUGAGAAAUAUUGAUUGAAUGUGUGAACUUUGCAACGCGUGUAAAAUUUAAAAAUGUUAAUAAAAGGCUUAAACCAUUAAACAAA